CCUUUCUUUCUUUCUUUCUUUCCUUUCUUUCUAAUGGGUCGGCUGAAGCAUUGAUUUUAGUUUUGUACUAUUAACACACCGUUGUAUAACAUCUAUCUUUCACUCUCUAUUUUCAUCAUUUAGCUCUUCCAAUUCAACUGCAACAAAACUGCUCUACAUUACACUAAAUGGAUUGACAGCUGAAUUCAAUAGUAGAAGAUGAUUGGAAAGGAUGAUUUGGAAGAGAAGAGGGAGGGCAAGGCGACAUCAACAUCAACAUCGACAUGGUCGAGACUAAAUGACCCUCGAAUAGUCCGAGUGGCGAGAGCCAUGGGCGGCAAGGACAGGCACAGCAAGGUCUGCACCGUCCGAGGUCUGAGAGACCGACGUGUGAGGCUGUCCGUCCCCACCGCUAUACAGCUCUACGAUCUGCAAGACAGAUUAGGCCUCAACCAGCCCAGCAAAGUCGUGGACUGGCUCCUCGACGCUGCCAAAAACGAGAUCGACGACCUGCCUCCGCUGCAGAUCCCUCCCCAUAUGCUCAACCAAUCUUGGAUAAGGAACCAAGAACAACAUGAUGAUCAACAAUUCCACCUCCAAAAUCCUUCCUCUUUUGCAAACUCCAGCGGCAGCAGCAGCUCCUUUGGGAGAUGGGAUCCUUCCAAUUUAACCCUUUCCCAAACUCCCAUUAGCCUCGGAUUGCCUUCUCACCAACACCAAGAUUUUCAGUCACACCACCACCAGCUGCUGGUGUAUCAAGCCGCGCACCCCUAUUUCGUGCCUCAAAUCAAUGCUGCCUCCCACACGAAGCACCCGAGCUUCCACACCUCCGACUUGUCAAGUUCUUCGCAUAUUAUUAGACCGGUCGAUUUCAACAUGACUGCGGAUCUUCUCCCCUCACAAAAUAGUGAGGUGGAAGACCUGAACAAGCGCGGCCAUCUCUAAACUUACUGUGAUAAUUUCAUGAUUGAUUCGAGCUUCUUGACUGGUAAGGCGUCUGAUAUUAAGGUCAUACUAUAUAUGAUUGUUUUUUGGGGAAUUUUCUUCUACUAUAUAUAUGUGCUAUGUAGAUUUUUCUGGAAAUUUUCAUGGAGUUACAAAGUGCAUUACUUCUUUGGUUUCAUCUUAAAUCCAGAGGUUCUAUAUAUUCUCUUGUGUGUGUAUGUAUAGUCUAGCCUUCUCAUUCAUUAAAUUCUAAUUUUUUUUUCUCUGCAAACCUAGACCUGAAUCCCUUCUCUCACUUUUCCUAACAAAAACCCUAGAAUGGUCCCAGAUAAAUUUCAAUUUUCUUUAUUUUAUGUAAAGGGGGAAGGGUGGAAAUAAAAGGGUUUGUUAUGAGUCAUGAGGUGAGUAAGACAGGAACAGUUAUGGCAGCUUUGCACAAGAUCCAACAAAGUAAAUCCAAAGAGUAAUCUUGAAGGGCUAGCUCCUCCCAUGAUGGAAUAAGAGAAAAAUGAAUAAAUUUUUGCGUAGCGUGAGUGGUCCAAAUUCAGAAAAAGAUACAGAGAGAUAGGGCAAGGUAAGUAAAGUUAGUAAAUUAGGGUUCUUUUAUUAUUCUCAGUGUUGUGUGUGCCAGUGUGGGUAUUGAUCAUAUGUAAGGACCACAUGUACUCAAGUUCCUAUAGGAGGUCCCCAUUGGGUAAGUGUUGUAUUUAUCAUCAUCAACACAUUCAUUGAGUUAUUUCAUUUUUUACCCUUCCAGCA